CAGAAAGGGAGAGAAAACAUGAGCUGAUGGCCUCCUGCAAGCCCCUUAUAUAGCUGCUCCAGCACUGAUUUGAGGCAGACUUGGGAAAUUUCAGAAGAAGGAAUCUGCUUGGACCCCGCUUUUCAGUUUGGAAGAGGAGCAGUUGCAGACAUGAGUGAGGUCAACAAGAAUUCUCUGGAGAAAAUCCUUCCACAGCUGAAAUGCCAUUUCACAUGGAACCUACUUAAAAAAGAUGGUGUCUCACGUGAUCUAGAAGAUACAGUGUGUCACCAGAUUGAAUUCUUAAACAAUGAGUUCAAAGCUACAAUGUACAACUUUUUGGCCUACAUAAAACACUUAAGUGGUCACAACGAGGCAGCCCUGCAGUGCCUAAGGCAGGCUGAGGAGCUCAUCCAACAGAAGCACUCUGAUCAAGCAGAAAUUAGGAAUCUGGUCACCUGGGGUAACUAUGCCUGGGUCUACUAUCACCUGGGCAGAUUUGCAGAUGCUCAGAUUUAUGUGGACAAAGUGAGACAAGUAUGUGAGAAGUUUUCAAAUCCAUAUAGUAUUGAGUGUUCUGAGCUCGACUGUGAAGAAGGGUGGACACGGCUAAAAUGUGGAGCAACGCACAAUGAAAGGGCCAAAGUGUGUUUUGAGAAGGCUCUGGAAGAGAAGCCCAACAACCCAGAAUUCGCUUCCGGACUGGCCAUAGCAAUGUACUGUCUGGAUAAUAAACCACAGAAGCCAGUCUCCAUCAACAUUCUGAAGCAGGCCCUUGAGCUAAAUCAUGACAAUCAGUACAUCAAAGUUCUCUUGGCCCUGAAAUUACAGAGGAUGAAUGAAGAAGCUGACGGGGAGCAGUUGGUUCUGGAGGCCUUGAAGAAUGCUCCUUGCCAAACAGAUGUCCUUCGUAAUGCAGCCACAUUUUAUCAAAAAAAAGGUGACCUAGACAAAGCUAUUGAAUUGUUUCUAAGGGCAUCGGAAUCCCUUCCAAACAAUGGUUACCUCUAUCACCAGAUUGCAUGCUGCUAUAGGGCAAAAGUCAAACAAAUUCAGAAUACAGGAAGAUGUGAAGCUAGUAGGAACAGAGAAAAGAUUGAAGAUCUAAAGAAGUGUGCUAUUGACUUUGUGAUUAAAGCGAUUGAGAAAGGAGUAGAUCCUCUGUAUGCAUAUGCUGAUACCACUGAUCUCCUGGAAACAGAACGAUAUUAUCAGGUAGCUUGCAGUAAGGAGCUCCCCAGCACUGAGAGGCAACAACCCCACCAGCACUAUCCCAAUUUUCAGGGGCAUCAGGGGAAGGGGAAGUCUGAAGACAUGGCUACCCAACAUGAUUUGGAGGAUUUCCCCACAAGAGCAAAAUCAACAGAGGAAGGAAAGACAAAGUACUCACCGCAGAACAUGGCUGGAAAUCAGCUUCCACAAAAUGCACCGAAUUCUUGGUAUCUCCAAGGAUUAAAACACAAGCUGAAUGGAGAGCUACUGCAAGCAGCUGAGUGUUAUGAGAAGGAGCUGGGCUAUCUCUUAAGGAACAGCCCCACAGGCAUAGGCAGCUUUUUCCUGCUGUCUUCUGAGCUUGAAGAAGGUGGUGAGGCAGUGGGCGAGGGCCCGUGCAAUCUCAUUCUCAGAGCUCCUGAGCCCUGAGCUGAAAUGCAGAAGAGGAACAGGAGCACUGUCCAGGGACCCAGGACACUCCGAGAUGGCUUUAGGGGACAUUUGUAGAGUUGCUUCCUCAUAUCUGUCUCCCCCGUCAGUCUCAGCCAUGCACACCCUUCUAGUCUGCAGGCCUUACUACAUACACAAUUACCAGUGGAAACGGCUUCAGGGCUGUGUGAUGCUGAUUAAGUCUUAGUUUGCACUCAGGUCAUCAGAUAUCCCCCAUCUCUGCCCUGUUUACCAAGGCAAACAGCUGGCUGCCGCCUGCCAACAGCUCUCCUGGCCUCUGUCCCAUUGCUAUCUAGCCUUUCAGGGUGGGACCCCUGAAAGACCACCUUUUGACUAACCCUAGAAUAUUCUUUAUGUCUUACUCUUGGCCCCAGCCUUGUGUUUAUAUAAAUUGAUUGUGAUACUCUGAUAAAUAUGUAUUCUUGACAGUGAUGCUACAAUAAAUUUUAAA